UUGUACACAAUCAUCAUGGCCGCCGCCUCCGCCGCCGCCGCCGAAGGUGCCGCGGAGCCGGGCAUGGAGGCCGAGGCGCCGGGCUGCGGCGGGGAGGGCGGUUCGCCGCGGGGCGACGGGUGCCGGGCCGCGCCGCCGGGCGCCGUCAGUAACGGCAGCGACGCGGAGAGCGGGCAGGAGCUGGUGGAGCUGCGGGUGAUCUGGAACAAGAACAAGUACGACGUGAAGUUCCGCCUGGACAGCACGGGCGCCGACCUGAAGCAGAAGAUCCACUCGCUGACAGGCCUGCCGCCCGCCAUGCAGAAGGUGAUGUUCAAGGGGCUGCUGCCCGAGGAGAAGACGCUACGAGAGAUCAAAGUCACCAACGGUGCCAAGAUCAUGGUGGUGGGCUCCACCAUCAACGACGUGCUGGCUGUCAACACGCCCAAGGACGCGGCACAGCAGGAGGGGAAGGCGGAGGAGAGCAAGAAGGAGCCGCUCUGCAGGCAGAAGCAACACAGAAAAGUAUUGGAUAAAGGAAAACCUGACGAUGUGAUGCCUUCCAUUAAAGGUGUUCAGGAGCGCCUGCCAACAGUGCCAUUAUCUGGCAUGUACAACAAAUCAGGGGGGAAAGUAAGAUUGACCUUUAAACUCGAGCAAGACCAGCUAUGGAUUGGUACAAAAGAGAGAACAGAAAAGUUACCCAUGGCAUCCAUUAAAAAUGUGGUGAGUGAACCUAUUGAAGGACAUGAGGAUUAUCACAUGAUGGCAUUUCAGCUGGGCCCAACAGAAGCGUCUUACUACUGGGUCUAUUGGGUACCAAAUCAAUAUGUUGAUGCAAUCAAAGACACGGUGCUGGGAAAAUGGCAGUAUUUUUGAAAGCACGCUCACCUCUGGCACAGGAAAAUGACACAAAGCUAAGGACACUGCUGGGAGAGGCCUCCAGCAUGCCUGGAUGCGACAGUCCUGGAACUUAUUAAUAAAAUAUGAUAAAAGAGGCGUUGAUGGAAGCCAGAGGUGAUGUUCUUUCACCAUUAGUUUACUUUUAACUUAAAAUUUUCACCAUCCCUUUUCUGCAGUCAGCUUCAACCGUAUUUAAAGCAAAUGCAGUGGAAAUCAAUAAAUUCUAAUUCACAAAAUAUUGUGUGUAAUACACUUAAAUCUGCUGAGAGUUGAUCUUCCAAUUUAGUUUUAAAAAGAAACUAUUACGAUGUAUUAUUGAGGAUUUUUUUACAUGGCUUGAACAAAAACAACUAUUUUCAUAAUCUUUCAGUUACGUGCAUUAGACUUAAUUUAGUGACUUGGUUGUGACUGAGAAUUUCAGAAACAGUUUAUUUUUAGAAAUAAACUCGAAGCAGUGUAACAGUAUGCAAAACUGACGUUGAGCAAGCCAUAUUCUGCUGGCCCUUUUCUUUCGGCUUUCAAUCUUUGGUGGCAAAACUCCGCAUUUAUUUGUUCUUAAACCCAAAGAUGCCCUACCCCCUCUCCCCUCCCCCCCCAAAUUCCUUUCUCUCCCAGUGCUGGAAGCUGUGGGUUGGCACUCCGUGGUGUGUUUGGAGCAGAGGAGCACCACUGUGGAUGUUCUGUCAGCACGGUGAGCCGGUGCUGCUCGCUGUCCCGCUUCGUGCCGCCGUUGUUUCCCUCUGUGCUCCACGUCUGCCCGGAGUGCUGCGUUUUGGAGCCCUGCAGCCCCGAGUCGUGUUGCAGCUGUUGUGACGCCGCUUACCUGCGUGACUGCAAAACAAAGCGACAGCAACAGCAAGCUCGGGAGCGUGCUCCGUAACGCUGCUGGCGCGAGUGUGCUGGAGCAGUAACGCAGAUCUCGCGAGGGAAGCGAAACGGAGGAGCCUUCCUUCUCCUGUUGUGCUGGGGAGGAGGAGAGAGGUGGGAGAGAGGAAGCUCUGAUGCCGUUUUGCAUCGUACAUAACUGCAGUAGCCGUUUGUGAUCCAAAUCUGAAAGUGUACGGAUAUGUUAUUCGGUGAACCCUGCCAAAUUAGGGGGAUCUGUCCAGCAGCUGACCUUCUGAAAUUUCAGUUCCCUUCCAGCUUUUCUUUGGCUCACGUUUACAGUAAGUUCUUACGGUCAGUUCUUGCAUCCAGUUCUGUCUGAAGUACCGUUCCGUGCCAUCGGUUUGUGGUGUUCUGUGUCAUCUCAGCAAUUAACGUGCCAUUUAUCUCAGGUUUUCUGCAAGGACCUUCCAGUCCUGACAAGGUGCACACUCCAACCGGAUUGUAUGUGCAGCCGGACCGAGUCGGUCUGGCUGUGUGUUAAAUCUGCAGCUAACAGAUUGCUGUUUGGUUUUGGUUGUUUUAACCCUGUAGGCUUGAUAUUCCUCGAUCCAAGUAGCUCAGCAUUUUGUGAAACUUGCUUAGAAAUAUCCUUUUAGGAACAGCUGAACUGAGUAUAUCCCAUGUCCAUUUUUCACUUGCCUUGAAAUCGUCCCAGCUGAAACUCAGCAGAUGCAAACUCCUAAAUGAGUAUUUGUUUUGUUCCAUCCGAGAGACUUGGGAAAGGUGUUCACUUCACGCUAUGUGCUAAGGGUGCUUAUUUACCUGUAGACUCUUGGUAGCAGCGUAAGCAGCUUUUGUUUUGUCCUUUCUGUUAGAACGUUGAUGCAAUAUGAAUUUUAAAGGUGUUCCAUAUCCAAGGUAGAAACUAGUGAUGUGCUGGUUACUCCCACAGUGUGAGGUUUCUGCCUGCAGUGGUGCAGGAGCCCUGGGGGCUGCAGGUGGGGGCUCUCACAGUUUGUCAGAGAUAGCAGCAGUUCUUCUGUCGCUCUUACUUCCCGAUUGCCAGUGCGGGUGCUAAGGCUUUAACUUCAACUUUCAGUCCCUGGUGGAAGGUGCAUGUGCUGCAGUACUCCAUCGUUUGUUGUAGCUGGUGUAGGAGGGUCAUUAAUGACACUGGUGUCUCCUGUCCCUGUUCACCUUUACACUCGCCUGUCUCGUUGGUUCUGUGGCUGUAGGCUCUGCUCGCUGCCUGCCUGCCUUGCUUGGAGCUUUCUGCAUCCAUUCACACCCAUUUUCCUCCCCUGCUCUUUCCCUGGCUUGCCCCUGAGAUGACUUGUCUGUAGCUCAGCUCGUCCCCGAGGUGCUGUGAGGUCCGGGUUCGGUGCGGGAUCAUGGUGAGUACGCAUGGUGCUGUGGGCACUGCCAGGGCCAGAGAUGCACUGCUGCUCCCGGUGCCGUUCCCUGCACCGUCCCAGGGCGCUGCACCCUGUGCUGGGGACAGCAGCUUGUCUCAAACGGAGCAUGGAAGUUGGGGGUUACAAAGCAGCUUUAGAUCUGAAGAAGAAAAUAUUAUAAACAAAGAUGGUCAAACGCGGUCCUGUUUUGGUACUCCUAUUUGAAUUUGAAGACUUGAAUUUCUGUUAUUCCACGUGCAAGGUUUAAAUUAAAAUACAGGAAAGUGAUGCUUACUGGAAAUGCUUUAAUCGGUGUUUGUUGGGUCGUUACAGUGGAUUUCUCGGGAGUUCUUUGAAGCUUGAACUUAUUCCUGCUGAACUUAGCAGCAUCUCUGAGAUGCGGUGUCAGACGUGAUGUGACGAUGUAAGCGGUGCUUUCAGUUGGCUGGUAAAGAUCGCUUUGAGAUCCAGUGGGUGCUCUUCCAUAGGAAGUUUCUGGUAACACCUGCAGCCAUCCCUAUGCAAAAGCUUAAUUACUUCACUUAAACAACAUGCUGCCUUUCUAUGGGGAUCAUUUCCCUGUUGUGUAUAUAGGUGUCAUUCCCUACGAGAGCUGUUUUUGGGGCUUCCUUAGGAAACCACGCCAGGUGCGCUGGGUUUACCACGCGGUGGUGGAAGCACCCAGAGCACAAACACGUGGUGGCAGCUGCAAUCUCCACCCCUGCUGCCGCCCUGUCCCCCUCAGCAGCCCUGCUGCAGUCUGUCUGCUCCUCGGGGUGCUCCAGCUCCCCCGGUGCUGUUCCCACACCCCCUGCCCGCUGCCGGGGUUCCCUUCCUCUCCUUGUUCGGAGCACAGCCACUUUGCAUCCCGAGCGUAAGUGCUUCCUGGAUUCGUUUUUCAUGUGGAUUUAAAAAGGAAAUCACUUAAACCUCGUUUGGGUUCGAACGUAGAACGCGUCCUGCAUGAGAACACUGUGUUAUUUGCACAUUGUUCAUAUCAAGUUUAAAGUAAGUCAUUACUUUCCGUUAGCAACAGAAUCUGAUGAGAAACAGGUAACUAAAAUCACAGAAGGGCAGAUGAGUUCCGGCAGCCAGACGAGCUGCUCACACACAGUGCUCGCAGCCAGGACACGCACACACACAGUGACAUGUCAGCCCCAAUGCUCUGUGCCCAACAUCCCUGCGCUCUGGCCGGGGCUGCCCAUGCCCCUGCAGUGCAGCGUUCCCAUCCCAUCCCAGCGCUGCCAGCUGCUUGCAGCAAGGUUUGCUUUCAGGCUUCCCUUCCUUUGUUGGCUUUUUCUUUCUCUCUGUAACGUUAUUUCCCAAUGGAACUGUUUUCGUUCUGCACCGUGUGCCCCCGUCGCCUUCCAGCCACGGAUUUGCUCUCUGCACUCACGAAAGUUCACCAUGUCUUACCCAUGUUCUGAGCAAUUCAUUCUUUCGUUUCAUGUUUAAAAAAAAAAAAAAAAAAAAAUCUUAGAUGUUUGUGUCCACUGCAGAUUUAUUUUAAAUGGAAUAUGUAAGUACCAUGUUUUAUGGUAUUUUUAAAUAAUCUAUUGCCUAUUUCUGGGGAGCGGGAGAUGACAUAUUUAGUCUUAGAUUUGCACUGCUGGAUUUUUUAAGUGUAACCUUGACUGGUUAUCCUAUUGUUUUAUUCUGUAAGAUUAAUUAGUCUUAUGAAUUAAAGUUUGAUAAUGAAA